UUCUGAACUAAACCGCCCACAGUCGCCGUUCUCUACUUCUCCAUCUCCACUCCGCCGGUCGUCCAUCGUCAUUCGCUCGCCGCUCGCCUCCAUCGUCUUCUCUGCUACUCUCGUCGCUGCUGCGCUAUUCUCUGCUGCCAUCGCCGUUCGCUGGUCGCCGCCGGUCUCGCCCGUCGCCCAUUGCCGCAAGCUCACCGGUUGCCGACAUUCUCACCGGUCGCCGCAAGGAGAAUAAAUGAAUUAAAGUCAUAAAUAGACAUUCAUGAUGACAUUAUCCUGAAAUUCAAACAGUUUUGGCAAGAUUUUGAGGGUUCCCCUUUAAAAGUCACAUUGACACUUAUUGGAGGAGUUGCACAUAUUGAUGCUUCUGGAACAAAAGUAAGGGGGGAUUCUCAUUUGCUUCUUGUUGGUGAUCCUGGUACUGGGAAGUCACAAUUUUUGAAGUUUGCUGCAAAAUUGAGCAAUAGAGCUGUAAUUGCUACAGGGUUGGGAAGCACAAGUGAUGGGUUAACUGUUACUGCAGUUAGAGAUGGGGGUAUAACAUUUCUCACUUCAAUUAUUAUUUAGAGGUUGGAUUGAGCUAACACUUAUUAAGUGCUUUUAGGGGAGUGGAUUCUGGAAGCUGGUGCUCUUGUAUCAGCUGAUGGUGGUCUUUGUUGCAUUGAUGAAUUUGAUAGCAUGAAGGAACAUGAUAGGGUGACCAUCCAUGAAGCUAUAGAGCAGCAAACUAUUAGUGUUGCCAAGACACAAACAAAGAGCUGAAUCCUAUUGAGAAUUCCCAUUUUUUCCAUAAUUUAACCAACACAAACAAAGAGCUGCAAUUCUGAGGAGAUUCUGCACGAUAUCUGGCCACUUCCUAUGCUUAGGCGGUAUCCACUUUGUGAAGAGAGAUUUUCAACCAGUUCUCACAAAGGAGGCUGAAAAAGUUAUUUCAAGCUAUUACCAACUCUAAAGACGAUCAGCAACUCAAAAUGCAGUAAAAAUGAAGAAUACCAGGAACGUGGAAAUCCAAAUCAGAAGAUUGUGAAAAGGAAAUACAGGAAUGGCAGAAAGAGAUAUCCACUGCAAAAACAACCAUUAGCUCGAGGGACCUUGAGUGAGUAAUUGCUGGGCAGACCAGCACAGAGUUAGUUGAUAGUAGACUGAGAAGAUAUUGCUUAAUAGGAUAUAUAGUUGUACUACUGAGUAGGGUUUUACCUUCACCAUGGAGCUGGGGCUGGUUACCAUGUUGAGAGCAGCAUGGGUUGCAGCGAUUAUACCCAUUCUCAUUGCCUUGAUUCCUUCCUCUAAGCUUGGUUGCUUUCACGAAUUCCUGCUGGGUUUCGCUAAGAGAGGCAAGAUCAUGCAAUCUUCUAAUAAUAAAUUUACUGUUCCUCAGAAAUUCUUCUGUCAUUUUUACAUUCUUGCUACUCUUUGGACCACUCUUCUGCUGGUUGCAAUGUCACUUUAUGCAUAUACAACUACAACAGUAAUCUCUGAGUCAUCACUUUUUUCUAGCAUUGUAAGCGAUUUGACGGGAGGCUCACACAUUCUUUCCCUGCAUACAUCAAAUUCAUCAAAGGAAAAUAGAAGCAAAGUUCUGCUAUCUGUCUUUCUGCUUUUACUAAUGGAAACCCAGGCAUUGCGACGUCUUUUUGAGUCAAUAUAUGUAUUUAAAUACAGUCCGUCUGCCAGAAUGCACAUUCUCGGCUAUUUCGUGGGCUUAUUUUUCUACACAGCUGCUCCUUUAUCGCUUUGCUGCAAUUUUGCUCUGGAGGUUUUGGAAUUCAUAGCGAGUUUGGUCCAAGAGUUUAUUGUUAAAGGGAAAGAGAGAAUUCAAGUCGCCGAGUUUGAUUGGUGGGAAUUCGUAAACCCUCUGAUGCAACUAAGAUGGUAUGCAUGGGUUGGUGCAGCUAUUUCCUUUUGGGGUUGGAUUCAUCAGCACUGUUGCCAUGCUAUUUUGGGAAAAUUGCGGAAGAACAGAGAACAAUUUGAUGAUUACAUAAUCCCUCAUGGUGAUUGGUUUGAAUAUGUUUCGUCUCCACAUUAUCUGGCUGAGAUAGUUAUAUACGGUGGUCUCGUGGUUGCAAGUGGAUGUUUGGAUCUCACAGUGUGGCUACUCUUCAGUUUUGUGGUGGUAAAUCUCGUCUUGGCAGCUGCAGAAACGCAUAGAUGGUAUCUGCAUAAAUUUGACAACUACCCCAGAAAUCGCUUUGCCAUUCUGCCCUUCCUAUAUUGAUGAUCAUGCUCUCUGCAGUUGCAGUUCUUCCGGGUUUUAAUCGGUUGCCCUGAUCAAGGUUUGCGUAUUCUUCUUACACUCACACAUACACUUCUAACACAUGUAAUUAGUUGCAGGUUGAUGAGCCUGUAAGUAACAGCCAUACAUGUUUUAUUAUAACAAUUAUCGUAUAUGGAUCAAAAUUUUUAACAUCUUACAUGAUUUUAUUUGAUUAACUCGGGAUAGUUUAGUCAAUUUUCAUGUUAUGUUAGAAUGGUGAACCACUAGGAACCUGCAAAGACCCCUUAUGUGUAGAGUGUACAGGUAAGCGGUCGGAACAUGGGCCUCUUAAGCAAAGGUUCUGGGGGUUUAAUAUGGGGUUUUAGAUUAAUAUGGCGUAAGUAGGAAUAACAUAACUUUGGAAGUUGGUAGACAAGUCUUAAGCAAUGUGAGGCUUGAGAGAAUAUUGCUUAACGAUGAAUAUUACAUGUACUUUUAUUUUUCUCUCUUUAUUGAUAUAGUAUAUUAUAAUUGAUCUAGUAAAAAUGUGAGUCAUUUUUUAUUUC